AUGGUUUUAGAUGACUACGGUAAAAAAACCGAUCUUCCUAUGUAUGUAUUCUAUGAAGACGAUUUAGUUGAAUGAGUAUUAACAAGUGUUUAGACAUAACAAGUUUAACCCGAGAAGAUCUAAUCCGCAGUCGUUAUACAAGAAGAUAG